AUGGAUAAGCAAGACGACCUGAUCAGCCCGGCGAUCCUCGAGGAUGGACCGGUGCUCAAGGCACGAGAUCUCGAGGGGGACAUUGUCACCGCAGAGGAGCGACGAGACCUGCGUCGAGGACUGGCUCAGCGUCAUGUGUCGAUGAUAGGGCUUGCAGGGGCCAUUGGAACCGGCCUAUUCCUGUCCCUCGGCGGAGCCAUCACCACGGGAGGACCCCUCGGCGCUCUCCUCGGCUACCUCUUCAUCGGACUCAUCGUGUGUUGCGUCCAAUUCGCCCUGGGAGAGGUGACCGCCUUGCUGCCCGUGUCCGGAUCGUUUGUGCGACACGCUGAAUUCCUCGUGGAUCCGGCACUAGGCUUUGCAUUGGGAUGGAACAUUGUCUACGGAAAUUGGCUGAGCAUACCGACAGAGAUCAGUGCGAUCUGUGUUUUGUUUGGGUUCUGGACACAGCUCAACAUUUCCGUCUUUAUUGUCAUCUUCAUCGUCCUCACCUUUGUCGUCGGCGUUUUGUUCGUUGGUGUCUUUGGCGAGCUUGAAUUCAUCUUUGCCAUUGUCAAAAUCCUCCUCAUCAUCGGACUCAUCCUUCUCGGCUUGAUCAUCGACCUCGGCGGGAUCCACGGCGUUGAGCGCAUCGGAUUCCGAUACUGGCGAGAUCCAGGGCCGUUCGUCGAGUAUAUUGCGACGGGGGCAUGGGGCAAUUUCCUCGGCUUUUGGUCUGUUCUGAUCAGCGCAGUCUUCUCCUACGCCGGCGUGGAGUCCGUGGCCAUGGCGGCGGCAGAGACGAAAAACCCCCGCGUGGCGAUCCCCAAAGCCUGUCGACGGGUGUUUGUCCGAGUCAUGCUGUUCUACGUCCUUGGGGUAUUGAUCGUCGGCAUGAUCGUCCCCUCAAAUGAUCCACGACUCGAGAAUGAAUCGGGGACGGCUGCGCAAUCGCCGUUCGUCAUUGUCGCCUCGGCCGCGGGCAUCAAGGCGAUCCCGUCCAUCGUCAACGCAGUGGUCAUCACGUCGGCAUGGUCGAGCUCGAACCAGGCUCUGCUCGCAGGGACUCGCGUGUUGUAUGGUCUCGCCAUCAAACGACAGGCUCCCAAGAUUCUCCUCCGCACCAAUCGCUGGGGAUCACCCUACGUCUGCGUCUGCGUCUUUGCCGUGUUCAUGCUGCUCGCCUUUUUGUCCUUAUCAAACGGCGCGUUGACAGUGUUCUACUGGUUUGUCGAUCUCGUCGGGUGCGGCAUUCUCAUCAGCUGGAGCGCCGUGUUGUUGAAUCAUAUACGUUUGACGAGGGCGUUGAAGGCGCAGGGAAUUCCUAGAUCCGCGUUGCCGUGGCGCCCGAGGUGGACUCCGUACACCUCGUACAUUGCGCUCGCGGCGUGUCUGUUGAUUCUCCUCACCAAUGGGUUUGCAGUGUUCACCAAGGGCGGGUGGUCCGCUUCGGGCUUCAUCACCGGGUAUAUUGAUAUUCCACUCGUGCUCGUGGCGUACUUUGGGUGGAAGCUGUAUAAGAAGACCAAGCUGGUGCGCUUGAUGGAUAUCCCAUUGAUGGAGGUGUUGGAGCAGAUGGCGGAGGAGAGAGAGGAGGUGGAGAAGGCAGAGGGGUGGGUGAGGUGGGUGUCGUGGUUGUGGGACUAG